UCACUGUGAUAUGUGUAGUCGAGAAAUGUUCACGUGAACUGGUGAACGCGCAGUUCCUCGAUCCUUUGCUAAUGCGUUAACGAAUCGAUUGACAACAAUUAUCAAUAAGAUUUAUCAUUGUGCCAUAUGUGUGAUUCAUGCCAAUGAUUGGCCAAGUUUUUCUCAUAUUUUCAUCAUUUUGUAGCUUCAAAUCAACAUACUCAUAAGCUAGAUUGGACUUUAACUUGGAAUCAUCUUACAGAUGACCAUGUUUAUAAAUUAAAAAUCUUGUGUUUUAAUGCUUUGUCUUUUUCUUAUGUUGUAUCUAUAAAUGUAAACGCUUCGUCGCGCCUGCUCGUCGACAUUCACUGUCGUGUGCAGGCUCUCGUGGCGGGUGAAUUGUAAUUACGGCUACAAUGACAACCGCAUCGGCGUGCCACUGGCCGAUUGCUCGCCAAAACGUGUCGCAAGUAAUUCGAUUCUCGGUCACGAGCGUGAUAGUCAUUUUUAUAAUUGCCAGUGCCAUUCUGCGACCUUGUUGUGAGACCACAAUCAAAGCUUCUACGAGGAAAAAAAGAUCGAAAUCGAUUAGAGGUGUUGACAAAAGUGUUUAUGAGGAUAACGAUCUCGAUGUCCAUUCAUUCACGAUUCAGCAUCCACAGGUUUUGAUGGUUUUGUGAAAUCAUUCAGUUUAUGAGCAAUAAUAUCAAGUGCCGACUGGUUAUUUCGCAAUUACGAUAAUAUUGAUAUUGUCGAACUAUCGAAUUAACUGUCAAUUUAAUUGCGCAUGGAAAUUCAAAGUCUUCUGGCGUUGCCCGCCAAUUUCAGAUGUUUAAUCAUGCGCUCUAGAUUGAAGAUUAUUGUUAAAAUUUUUAUACCUGUGUUUAUUUUGUGAUAUUCCACCUGGCGAACUGUUUUUUUUCUGAAAUGCAAAGUAAAAUGCAGUCAUUUAGUAACUUAGCUUUUGGAAAUGUCUUCAGGAAAAAGAACAACAAGGUGGCUGGUGGACCACCGGGAAGUAGUCCUCCGCCCCCGCCAACGUUGAUCAACAAGAUGAAGUAUCAAGCUGGUGGUCCUGUCAUCAAGAAGGAUAAACGUCAGAAUAGUUCUAGGUUCAAUAUAUCCAAGAACCGUGAAUUACAAAAAUUACCCCUCAUCUCAGAUGCACAACAAGCAAAUGAAAGAGAAGAACUUUUUAUUCAAAAACUCCGACAGUGUUGCGUUCUCUUUGACUUUGAAUCCGAUCCACUUUCUGAUUUAAAAUGGAAGGAAGUAAAGCGCGGUGCGCUUUUAGAGAUGGUUGAAUAUGUAACAAAAAAUAAAAAUGUUAUUACUGAGGCGAUAUAUCCCGAGGCAGUGAAUAUGUUUGCUGUUAAUCUAUUCCGGACUCUUCCACCAUCAUCCAAUCCGAAUGGAGCUGAGUUUGACCCGGAAGAAGAUGAACCAACUUUAGAGGCGGCUUGGCCACAUUUACAACUGGUGUAUGAAUUUUUCCUACGACUUCUCGAGUCUCAAGACUUCCAGCCUACUGUAGCAAAGCGGUUUAUAGACCACAAGUUUGUUCUACAGCUGUUGGAGCUUUUUGAUUCAGAAGAUCCACGAGAGAGAGAUUUCUUAAAGACGACACUCCACAGAAUUUAUGGAAAGUUUCUUGGUCUCAGAGCAUACAUAAGAAAACAGAUAAACAAUGUGUUUUAUCGGUUUAUCUAUGAAACGGAGCAUCACAAUGGAAUAGCAGAAUUGUUAGAGAUACUUGGAAGUAUUAUCAAUGGCUUCGCAUUGCCGCUUAAAGAGGAACACAAAGUAUUCUUGUUAAAAGUUCUUUUACCUCUUCAUAAAGCCAAGUCUUUAUCCGUUUACCAUCCACAACUUGCGUACUGUGUUGUACAGUUCUUGGAAAAAGAUCCAAACUUGACAGAGCCAGUAAUAAAAAAUCUGCUCAAGUUUUGGCCAAAAACUCAUUCACCUAAAGAGGUCAUGUUUCUCAAUGAGCUUGAAGAGAUCUUAGAUGUUAUUGAGCCAGCAGAAUUUCAAAAAGUUAUGGAUCCUCUUUUUAGGCAACUCGCUAAAAGUGUCUCUUCACCACACUUUCAGGUGGCUGAGAGAACAUUAUACUAUUGGAAUAAUGAAUAUAUAAUGUCUUUAAUAUCUGAUAAUUACUCUUUUAUUUUACCAAUUAUGUAUCCGGCAUUAUAUAAAAAUUCUCGCAAUCAUUGGAAUAAAACAAUUCAUGGAUUGAUUUAUAAUGCUUUAAAACGUUUAAUGGAAAUGAAUCAAAAAGUAUUUGACGAAUGUACUCAGCAAUAUAUUCAAGAUCGACAAAAAGAAAAAAGAUUGAUGAAAGAUCGAGAUGAGGCGUGGAAUCGUGUGGAAAAUCUUGCUAUGCGGCAUCCAAAUUAUGCAGUGAUGACGCAAGCUAUCCAAAAUAAUUCGCACAAUCUGUCGCAGCAUUUGGAUAGUCCUCCAUUGGAUGAUGAUGCUGACAACGACACAACUCCGCUUACAUUAGAAAAAAUUGAGGCUAAGGCUAACGAGGCAAAGAAGAUGUCAAAUUCUAACAAAGCGAAGCCGUUGUUGCGAAGAAAGAGUGAAUUACCUCAUGACUCUUACACGAUUCGAGCUCUUUCAGAUCAUAAACGUGCUGACGAAUACCUCGUUACACCGCCUGAUCCAAACAACUGCUAGUCUUUGUCGAAUUCCCUUCCAAUGUAUCCUCUGUUCUGCUGCAGAUACUCCAGCGUUUGACCUCUGAAACUGAGUGAAAAUUUCAAUUUUGUGGAAAAUGACUUUAAAUGCGGAUGCCGGAUGUCUGUUUUUCUUCUGUUAUUAAGUGUGUUAAUUUAUACAGAAAACAUAAAGUAACAGUAAAAAUUAACGAUCCAACUAAUGACAGAAGAAGAAGAAUACCACGCAGACGGUUAUUAUAAACGUCCUUUGGAUAAAUAAACGACUAUAAAACACUAAAAAUUCAGCUUGCCUGCGGUAUUAUCCGCCGACAGAUCUCAUCAAAUGGCGUAGCCUAUGAUGUGAAAAUUGAAAAAAGAAAAUACAAUCCCUCGUAAGACUUUUUGUACAAUGAGAAGUUACUUUGCUGUGCUUUAUAAUGAGCGACACUAACAAUUAUUAAGAAGAUUAGAAAAUAUUAAGUUUAAUUGGUUUUUAGUGCUAGCUGUAAAUUACAUCGACUGCGAAAAUACAAAUAUUAGUAUAUAUUGUUUGAUAUUUGAAAACUUUCGGUCCUUAACCACGUGUUUUUGCAAUAUCGCCAAAAUUUUCUCGAGGUUUAAGGAAUCAAAUGGACUGCCUCAAAAAAAUAAGCAAGCACCAAGAUGUCAAGGCCACUCAAAUGUUAGUUAUUAUUAGAUGUUUAAGAAAAAUAUUUAAAGAAAUCCUUAUAUCAUCAGGCCGAAUCAUUAUUCCACUAGAUGCCUUCUGUCAUACAUAACCCAGCAAGUCAAAAAAAUCAAUCGGUUAACUGUAAUCAGCGUUUGUAAAACUUUAGAAUCGUUCGCUUAACGUUGACAUGCCAAUCAUUUAAUUUUUACAUUAGAAGUUUUUUGGUCUUGCUAUGUCGUGUCUAAAAGUGAUGUAUAACAUACUAGAUUACAAAAAAAAAAGAUUAAAAAACAAAAAAAUAAAUGAAAAAAAUAAGUAAAACGAAUCUUGUAAGUCUUUAUGCUGCUGGCAGGCUGUUAUGUUAAUAUAAACUGAUAAACAUUGUUGAAGAAUGGAUAUAAUGAACUCUUAUAUUGAUUAUAUUAAAUUGAAGCGAAAACUAAAGGAAAACAAUUAACAUGAUUUGAUUAAUCGAUUCGUAAAAAUUAUAUAGUCACCACUUCUGCUGAGCGUUGUUUAUUAGUAUUAUGAUUACAGUUAUAUUCUAAUAAUAAAUAAAAAAAAUAUGAAUGUGUAUAAAAAUAAGAACGAAUUUAAAGUAUCAAAGCUUUAUGGCUAUUGAUAAUAUGUUGUAAAAUUCUGACCUUCGCGAAUAUUUUUGAGAUAUGCGGAUGGUAAUAAUGAUAUUAAGUCUGGUCUUUUUUUAAAGAGGAGAAUCACAAAGCUCGUUAAUUAUUUCGUGAAAUGUUAUAUUAUAUGUCAACAAUGUUGAUCAAAAGUAAUAUUGAGUAUAUUGAGUAAAUUUGUAUGAGUGUCAUGACACGUAUGCAAAUGCUUUAUAUGGAAACCUGUAGACAGGAUAAACGAAAAACACUGUUAGGAAUAUCCAUCUUUUAUAUAUAUUUACGUUAUUAUAAAUUAUAUUUAACUAAAAAAAUUUAAUAAAUUCUAAUUUCUAUCGCGGAACUUGUUUAAUGUUUCAUUAUUUUGACAAAAGUGAGAGCUCGUUUUUAAAAGACAUAUGAAUUUGAAUUGAAUAUUCUCUUUGAGAAACAAAGUGAAAUUAUUUACAACAUUGUAAAUAUUAUGUAAAUAAUGUAAUUGCGUUCUAGAAUCAACAAUGUUGUAUUGAUAAAUGGUGUAGGUUUACUGAAUUAUUUCAGGCACAAUCUGUCAAGUCGGAGUAGUUUUUUGCGUUUAGACAAUAACAAAUGGAACCACUAAUUCUUUACUAUAAAUUUUAGGAAUUUGUAUACAAUAUUUCUUCAUACUAUUAAAAUAAAUUUCUAUUUUGUUUAUCAUAA